AUGGCUCCUCACCAAGAUGCGCCCUCGCCGGCGGGUAGUUUCACCGCCGGCUUCAACAGGACCCCUUUCCACCCUAUUACGUCUUCCAAUCUCCAAAUCGGAAGCCUAGCUGCGGCUGAACCAAAUUCUCUUCUCAGCGGUUCAUACGAGAGCGCAUCACUAGGCACCGACCUGCACGGAACCCGAUCGCUUGUUCCUGGUGUCUACGUACCCACCAUGUGCUUCUUCGAGCCGGGUACGGAAAACGUGGACAUCGAAACUGUCGCUCGCCAUGCAGUACGACUUGCUCAAGCGGGUGUGACCGGCCUGGCCACCCAGGGUUCCAACGGAGAAGCAGUCCAUCUUUCACACGCUGAGCGCCAUCUUGUCACGGCAACAACCAGACAGGCUCUUAACGAUGCUGGCUUUUCAUACAUGCCCAUCAUCGUCGGCUGCGGAAGCCAGAGCACACGUGAGACCAUACAAUAUUGCACCGAGGCCUGGGCUGCUGGUGGAGACUAUGCCCUGGUUCUUCCUCCGUCAUACUACGCCGGUCUCUUUGCUCCGUCAUCGGAGACCAUAUUCGAGUACUUCCAUUCAGUGGCGGAUGCAUCGCCGAUUCCUCUCAUCAUCUACAACUUCCCGGGCGCAGUGGGAGGCAUGGACUUGUCUUCCGACGUCAUUGUGCAGUUGUCUCAGCAUCCCAAUAUCGUGGGUGUUAAGCUUACAUGCGGAAAUACGGGCAAGUUGAACCGCGUUGCCGCUGCGACGAGAAAGUUGGCAAAGAAGCCUGACUCAAAGACUCCAGAGUUCGUAGUCUUGGCAGGUUCAGCCGACUUCUCGAUUCAGUCCUUGGUUGCUGGGGGACAUGGCAUCCUUGCAGGUCUGGCCAACAUUGCCCCCAAGGCUUGUAUCAGGACCAUUGAGCUCUUCCGAGAGGGGAGACAUCGAGAGGCUCAGGAAAUGCAAGAGAUCGUCUCACAAGGUGACUGGACAGCGAUCCAAGGGGGUGUUGUGGGUGUGAAGGCUGGCCUACAGGCGUGGCUGGGCUAUGGCGGUGUGGCCCGUAGCCCUUUGCCGAAGCCCACGCCCGAGCAGAUGAAGAAGUGGAAAGAAGGAUUCCGUGAACUUGUCGUUCUCGAGAAGUCGCUGUGA